CUCCCAGGCACACUCGACAGUAUCCUUGUCUACCUCUGGCAUUCUCUCCCUUUCUCAACAGGCCUGACUGUGUUUUGUGCGCGUCACGAUGGCUGAGCAUGCCUCUCCAGAUUACUUCAGCUGCCCCCUGUGUGUAAGCCUCCUGCGGGACCCUGUGGCUAUCCCCUGUGGUCACAGUUUCUGUAUGGACUGCAUCAGCGGCUACUGGAAUGAAGCUGACUACACAGGGAUCUACAUUUGCCCCCAGUGCAAGAUCACGUUCACCCAAAGGCCCGUGCUGCGGCCCAACGCCACACUGGCAAUGGUGGCUGAGAAGAUCAAGAAAAGUGGCCUGACCCUGAACACCUCCACAGGAAACAGCUAUGCCGGGCCAGGCGACGUGCCCUGUGACUUCUGCUCUGGGAAGAAACUCAAGGCCGUGAAGUCCUGCCUGAACUGCCUGGCAUCCUACUGCGACAAGCACCUGAAGCCCCACUACGAGUCAGCCACUUUCAAAAGACACAAGCUGGUGGAUGAGCUUGGGAACCUGGACAGGAAGAUCUGCCCGCAGCACCAGAAGUCCCUGGAGCUCUUCUGUCGGACGGACCAGAUGUGUAUCUGUGCAAUCUGCACAGUCAGUGAACACAGGGGCCAUGACAUUGUGUCUGCUGAGGCAGAGAGGAGUGAGAAACAGAAACUCUUGGGAGUUUCCCAAGCUGAGAUUAGACAAAAAUGCCAGGAAAGGGUGAAGGAGCUGGAGGAACUGAGGACUGCUGUGGACUCUCUCAAAAGUUCAGCCCAGAGAGCCAUGGUGGAGAGCCAGAAGAUGUUCGAGGACAUGAUUCGUUCCAUCGAGAGGAUGAGGUCAGAGGUAACCAAGCUGAUUGGGAUCAAUGAGAAGGCUGCGUUCAACCAGGCCGAGGCUUUGAUCGAGCGGCUGGAGCAGGAGAUUGAUGAGCUGAAGAAGAAGGAGUCUGGCCUCAAGCAGCUGUACAGCACUGAAGACCACAUCCAUUUCUUGCAGAAUUUCAACUACCUCUGCACACCGACUGACGAUGGCUUCAUACCCAAAGUGACAGUGAACCCCGACUUCUCCUUUGGAGCUGCCAGGAAAGCUGUGGCUGAAAUCAAAGAACGCCUGGAGGAGUUCGGCAGAGAGGAGCUUCUGAAGAUCUCCAAGUCAGUGAAUGAAAUUCCAGUUUACACCACAGAAAGUCGGACACUGGAGAGAAGGAGCAGAGGCAAAGAAAUUGCAGUGGACAGUGCCCCAUCUCCUGAGCCCAAAAGCAGAGCAGAUUUUUUAAAGUACUUCUGCCAGUUGAAACUGGACCCCAGCACAGCCUACAAGGAGCUGCACAUCUCCGACAGCAGCAGGAAGGUGAUCCGGACCAGGGACCUGCAGCCCUACGGAGACAACCCAGAGAGGUUUGACAGCUUUGCCCAGGUCCUGUGCCGGGAAGCGCUGUCCGGAGGCCGCUUCUACUGGGAAAUCGAGUGGAAUGGGGAGUUCUCCAUUGGAGUAGCCUACAAGAGCAUCAGCCGCAAGGGCAAAGGCUCACUGUGCCUGCUGGGGUACAACGACAAGUCCUGGAGCAUGCUCUGCUCGGACACGGGUUACUCCGCCUGGCACAACCGUGUGGACAAGGCCAUCAGCGGCCCCCACUCCCCCAGGAUAGGAGUAUACCUGGACCACUCUGCAGGCGUCCUGGCCUUUUAUAGCAUAGGCAACACUAUGACCCUCCUGCACAGGUUUGAGACCACAUUUGUUGAGCCGCUCUUCCCAGGUUUUGGAGUUGGAACCUCAGUCAAGAUCUGCCAGCUCAAGUGAACACUUACAUCCCUCUCUGAUUCAACUACUAAAAAUCUGAGUAUAGUUUGUACGUCUUUUGUUUUUCAUAAUACACAACAUUGCCUUUGGAAUAUAUAUUUUUGCAGUAAUUUGAAACUUUUCCACACAUUAAUGAACUUAUAUGAAUUUGCUUUUUACUGAAGAAGUCCUCCUGAAUGUGUAUAUGCUUUUUUAUAUACCGUGACACAUCACAUAUUAAGUUGUGCGUCAUGAUGUCAAAUCACAGUUUGAUAAUAGUUACAUGUCUAUAGAUAUUAUUGCCAUACACAAUUACUACAUAAUGACACAAGUACAACAUAAUGAAAAAUGUUGUUCUUUGUAGCAACUGAUAAUUGAAUAAUUGCUGAAUGACUUAUUCAAACUGUAAGAAAAAAUAAUCCAGUAAAUGGGAUGAAAGUGUAAUAAAACUGUACAUGUUAUGAACUCAAGGUCAUAACAUCACAUUAUUACACUGACUGAAUUAUGCUUCCUCAAAGGGUGUUACACAUGUUUAAUUGAUGAUGUAAUAAUAAUGAUAAUAAUAUUAAUGACUAACAAAGAAUGUAACUUGAGUUAUUUGUGUUAUUCUUAUGAAUCAUUACAUUGUUUGCUAAUAUUAAUAUUGCAUAAUCAAUUAAAAUAUGUUACACUCUCAUGUUUCAAUUGAUAGUAAAUGGCAUUACAUUCACAUUUUUAUUUAUAUUAUUUAUAUAUUCAACCCUUUUAAAAGGAUAUUUUACAUCACAUCAUAUGGCAGUUAUUCCAUAAUCUGUUGCUAAACUUCACUUCAACUAACCUUCAAUUAAUUUGUCUUGCAUGUUUAUUGAUAUAAAGGACAGCCAAAUUAUAAUAAUUGUUGAUGAAGGCAGAAUUCCUCACUGAUAGUUCUCAAUAAAAAGUUGAAUGAA